AUUUGUGCUUUCUUCUUUACCCAGAACCAAAAAAAAAAAAGGUCAAAGAGAGAGAUACAUAACAAUGGCGCCGAGAGCAGAGAAGAAGCCAGCGGAGAAGAAACCAGCCUCUGAUAAACCCGUAGAGGAGAAAUCAAAGGCCGAGAAAGCUCCGGCGGAGAAGAAACCAAAGGCCGGGAAGAAGCUGCCGAAGGAAGCCGGCGGCGCAGGCGGCAAUAAGAAGAAGAAGAUGAAGAAGAAGAGCGUCGAGACGUACAAGAUCUACAUCUUCAAGGUCCUGAAACAGGUUCAUCCAGAUAUCGGAAUCUCGAGCAAAGCCAUGGGGAUUAUGAACAGCUUCAUCAAUGAUAUCUUCGAGAAACUCGCUCAGGAAUCGUCUAAGCUCGCUAGGUACAAUAAAAAGCCUACGAUCACUUCUCGGGAAAUUCAGACUGCUGUUAGGCUUGUGCUUCCUGGUGAGCUCGCGAAACACGCCGUCUCUGAAGGUACCAAGGCCGUGACGAAAUUCACCAGCUCUUGAAUUAGUAGUGAUUAGGGUUUUUAAAAAAAAAUCUGAUUCGAAGGAUGUUUCGAGUUUUGGAAAUGGAUUUAGGGUUUGUUUUCGAUUUUAUCAGUUGCUUUUGUUUUCUCAGUUGUAAUUAGUGCAGUGAAUCUGUUUCGAAUCAAGAUUUGCGUUUUAAAUCGAAUUUACUUUCAUGAGA